AUGAUAAAAUUGAUAGUCUUUAGUGCAUGGUUAAUUGGAAUAGUGAAUUCAAGUAUCUUUCCUUGUAUAUUGUACAAUCAAUAAUUAGCUCUUUAACAAAAGAUCUUAAGAAUUCAAAAAAUAGAUACUGAUGGUGAUGACUCUUUAAUUCAUACAAUACAAGAUUUCGUAUAUUCUCCAUUAUAAUUAAGUGUUAUGACUAAUAAUUUUUGGAGAAUAUUGAAAUUUAUGAGAUACAGCUGAAUAAAGGGUACUAAGAAGAUUAAGAGUAUUUACAUAAAAAAUAGUAAACUUCGAACAAUAAAAUAUGA